AUGGCAUACAGACGAUUAGAGGUAACGAUAAUCUCAGCAAGAGACAUCAAAGAUGUAAAUCUAUUCACAGAGAUGGAUGUUUAUGUGCUCGCAUCAAUCGGUGGUGAUCCAAGUACGCAAAAGAAAACACCAGUACAUUACUGCGGUGGGAAAAACCCAUGUUGGGAUUUUACAACGAGUUUCUCGCUUGAUGAAUCACUAGCGAAACACAACCGACUGGUUCUAAUAUUGCAACUCAAAUCUAAGAAGAGAAUUGGUGCUGAUCGUCAUGUUGGUGUGGUUCAUGUACCAGUUAAAGACCUUCUUGAUAAUCCUGGAACUAAAUUUGUUUCUUAUCAGGUUAGAAUUAAGAACGAGAAGAAGGUGUCCCAACCGGCAAAUGUGUAUGCAGCCGCCCACGUACCGGAGUCGUCACCGGCGUAUAGAAUGGGAGAGCCUGUUAUGGCGUAUCCUGCUGUGGUGUGUUCGAGUGUGCCGUAUCCACCAUCUGGAUCAGGAGUACCGUAUCAAGCACAAGGAGGGCCGUAUCCACCACCAUCGGUUGGGUAUCCUACUGCUGGAUAUGGGAAUGGACAACCACAACCGCCAAUUGGGCAUCCACCUCAACAGCUUGGAUACGGGUAUCCGCCACAACAACAGCCUGGGUAUGGGUACCCGCCUCAAGGUGGGCACGGUGGACACCCGCAGCAACCUCCUAUGCUUGCUAAGAGUGUGAUUUGA